GCGCCGCCCUCGCGCGGCGGCUGUUGUCGGCGUUGGGCGCGUGCCGCCGCGUGUCGCGACAGUUCCGCCCGGCGCGAUGGCGAAGCCGCAGCUGCCGGCUGGUUUCUGCCCCUCCUCAGCCGCCCUCUGGCCCCGCACCUUUCCCAUGAAGCUGUGGCUGCUGGUCAACAGCCCGUGCGUCCACUCGGUGCGCUGGGACGCCCGCGGCGAAGGGCUAUUCAUCGACCAGGGGCUAUUCGAGCAGGAGCUGCUGGGCGUGGGGCCCAGCGCUGCCGGGGAGGUGAAGCUCUUCAGAACGAAGAACUACGGCAGCAUCGUCCGCCAGCUCAACCUAUACGGGUUCCACAAGCUGACGGUGAGUCUGGCCGGCAGCACGGUCGGGUCCAGGCCGAGGCCGGCCACGGCGGGGGAAGAUACCAGCUACGCUGAUGGGCCCCUGCACCACUUCUGGAACCCGCAUUUUUGCUACGGCUGUCCCGAUCUCCUCGUAAAGAUCAAGAGGCUGACCAAGGCCGACAAGGAGAAGUUGGACGCUGGCCUGGAGGUGACCAGCCGCCUGCCCGACGAUUUGCAGUCCAUUACUGGAAGGAGACAUGCUGCUGUCGCCCACGUCCCUCGGCGAGGUCGGAAGGAGCGCUGUGGGAAACCAUAUACAACACAGAGAAGAACGGAAAGGAGAAAGGAAGACUUUGAGAUCUACUGUAGGAACACACAAACUGAGUAAUUUUCAAUGUUCUCAAAUUCAGGAAAAAAAGUUCAUAGAAAAGUCAGUUAUUAUCUCAAUAAAAUGUUGCUUGAUGCAAUGUGCUAAGAGCUAUUAUUCAACACAUACUUGUUUUCUAAAAUAGGAAUUGUUAAGUAACAUUCAUGGACCUGAACUGAAAAUAUAUCCAUGGAUACUUUGUAAAGUUCAAAACCUUGUCUUUUCCUACAAAUAAUAUUUCACCAGGCUCUGUCUCUCUUUAUUUUUUAUUUUGUUUUAAAUUAGCUUCUGAUGUUAUUUCACAUCACUCACAUUACAUAGCUCUUGGCCAUAUUGCUUUUCUGAUAACACUAAGAUGUGAUAAUAUGAGGCCUGCCUUAGAUAUCUGAAAGACAUUUUUCACCUUUCAUCCAAAGAAAAGUUCCCCAGCCCAGGACAUAGCAAACAGUGGCACAAUUACCUGGGCCAUUACUGGGAUGGCUGAGGAUAGGCAGUAUAGUGAUAGUGUAGCGCAGCAGAAACAUUGACCGAUGUGACAUUGGUAACCUCCAUUAGCACAACAAGGGGAAACAGAUGAGAUAAUCCAGAAGAUCCUCCUAAUUUUGGGAUGGGAAUGAGCUCAGAAAGCCUAGAGGUUUUGUAAAGCUUUUGCAAAAGGCUGUGUCUGAUUCACAUGGCCAGCACUGCCUCAUUGCUCUCUGCUCCCUGUGGGUAGACAGCUCCUACCCAAAUCUUCAGUCUAUGUUGUCAUCUCUCUUCUCUUAAGACCAUUUUAUAAUAGUGGGGAGCAAAUGGAACUAAGUGAAAUUAAGACAUAGCACCUCAAACCUGCAAGGCUAUUUUAGAUGUUUAAGUACAGUACCCAAACAGGCACCUGAUUCACAGCCUGAGGUGUCCUUCCACAAGUUUACUACUGCAAAUCACUGAGUCGUGGUGCUACCUAAGGAUACCAUGGGUCCUUCAGAUCUCAGAGUUGCUAUGUCAUACAUGGAGAGAAAAGCUGGAGCAAUUUAUGUAAAAAUGUGUUCAGGGCAGAUACUAUGAGAGAAGGUUCUAUGGCUUUUAUGAUUCUGGGGUUCAGAUUAGAUGAUCAUAAUGCUGCUUUCUGGGCUCAGCUCUCAUGAAUCAGAGCCAAAAAUCACACAUAUGAACUCCUUUAAAUAAAGAUUUAGAAGUCUGAUUGUUGCAAUGCA